ACGUCACUUCCUCUCCGAUGUGUCCACACUAGUACGUGGUUAAAAACAGCUAGGACGCCACGUACACAUUAUGCAAAGAUAGGUCUUUAUAAGAAAAGUCUCGUCAGGUCUCAUAUCCAUCGUUAUUUUAGCGUGUGUCAUUUACAAUCGACGAAAGCAACAGCACUUUUUUUUGUAACAAACAAGGGGUGGAGACAAAAGUUUCGGGCUUGAUUUGCACAAGUUUAAAGCAACAGACUUCAGACACAGUUAAAAAUGAGUGAAACAAACCAGCAGCGGGACGACUUGCCUGCAUACUUGAAUGAUGAACCUCCAGCAGAUGCCAACAAAGACCAUCCCCAGCCUCAGCCUGGCAUGUUUUCCAGGGUGGCCGGUGGGCUAUUCAGUGUGACAAAGGGGGCCGUCGGGGCCACAGUGGGUGGAGUGGCCUGGGUCGGAGGAAAGAGCUUCGAUCUGACUAAAACUGCCGUUACCUCAGUGGCAUCAGUGCCGGCGAUGGGAGUAGGCCUGGUAAAGGGUGGCGUGUCUGCAGUGGCCGGUGGCGUCACCGCUGUCGGGUCGGCUGUAGUCAGUAAAGUGCCCAUCGGCGGAGGCAAGAAGAAGGACAAAUCUGAUUGAAUCACAAGAGCCUGAAGGUACUUUUUGUCAGAGGCGUCAGCGAUUUAAAGUUGACUCGGAUCUUAUCCGUUAACAAGACAACAUUCGCAGUCAGGAUUAACUGUUGGGAUAUAUGACAUUAAACGAGAGUCGGACUGUUCAUGAAGUAUUACAAUUUCUGACCAGGGGUGGAGACGCGAACCUCUAAAUGUUCUGUUCAUGCAUUUUCUCAGUCACAUGUUUUAAAAAGGACUUACAGUUGCUGGAAGGCGGUUGUAGGGAUGAAGAUGGAGAUGUCAAUCAUGGUGCUGUUGGGGAGAAUAGCAGACUGUGAGGUGCUGAUGGUGGAGCUCCAUCUGAUCGAUCGUUUGUGAGAUUACUUAUUUUGUGCCUUCAGGGGUUGAUGCUGAUUUGUGUUGCCCUUUCACAAAAACUCUAGCCAUUGCUCUCUCUGAGUGACCUAAAACACACAGAAGCCCAAUAUAUUUAUGUGUAUAAUGGUCAAAAUUGUGGGAUCUGUAAGAAUUAUGUUAUAAAGAAGUCUAUUCUGCUCAACAAGGUUUCUUUUAUUUGACCAAAAAUACAGAAAAUUAAAACAUUGAAAUGAUUUUAUUAUUGAAUGUAGUUUAGAAUUUAAUAAAUUCCUAUGAUUUUAAAACUUAAUUUUUAGCAUCUUUACUGAAAUGUUAUUGUCGAGAUCCUUCAUCCUUCAAACAUUUAUUAUUUUGUUAAACUGUUGGGCUGCUUCAUGUUUUUGUGGAUACUAUUAUAUGAUACUAUUCAAAAGUACCAUUAAAAUGCAUUUAUUUUAUUCAUCAAGGACAUGUUAAAUGUACAUUUAAAGUGUAUAAUGUAGAUUUUAAUUCUUAAUACAUAUAGUUUUAAAUCACAGGAAUAAUUUAAAUGCUUUUUGAACUUUUCAUCAAAGAAUCCUAAAAAAUGGAAAAACUGAAGCAGGAAAAAAGGUUUCAACUGAUUUUUAUAAUAAUCAUUAUUAAUAAUUAAUAACAUUUAUAAUAGAACAGAAACUGCUGAAGGAUCAAAUGAGACUCGAGUAAUGAUGCUGAAAAUUGAGCUUUGUAUCACAGGAAUAAAUAUGUCAAUACACAUUUAAUAGGAAUUUAAAACGGCCAUAAUAUUCAACAAUGUUGCAACGGUGUUUAAUGAAUUGACUGUAGUUUUGAUCAAAAUAAUGCAGAUUUGAUGAGAUGAGCACAAUAGGCUUCCUUUAAAACACAUUUUCACUGAUUUCUUUUGACCGGUAGUGUAUUUGCUCACGUUAUGGGCUGAUAUGGAUGGGUUUCUCUAAUAACUCCAAAAUUUAUACCGUGAGCCAUAAAUCUGAAUGCUGAUAAUGUUUUAGGGAAAUCUGCGUGACAAUCUCCAUGAAAACUAAAGGGUUUUUGUUUGGAUAAUUUGUGUUUUUCAAUACCCAGUGAUGUUUUCUUUAUGCUUUUCUGCGUGUCGCUUUUUCUGUCAUAUUGCUUAUUUGUUUAUUUUAAUUCCUUAAUGUGAAUUGUUUUUUUAUGGGCCAACAAAGAACCACAUGGGGUGGGAAAGUAGAGUACAGUAUUUUUCUUUCUAUCAAGUAUUUGUUUUCCCUUUACCAAAGAUCUAGAAUUGAAAAAAGGUUGUAUUUGUGGAUUUCUUUUUGUUUACUAUGCAGUGUACUUUAUAAUAUUCAGUGUAUUCUCCCUUUUUAGAUAGAUAGUUAUCAAAUAUAUAUAUAUACAUAUUAAUGUUUCUUUUGUUGUUGUUUGAUUUGAGGCAGUGGAUAUUUCAGUGUAAUAAUGUGAAUUCAAAGGAUUUAAAUAAAGAAAGGACUUGUGGAA